AUGAAGAAGGCGGACAAGGGUUCGAUGAUCGUCGUCGAGGACCGACGCGUGUACGUCGAAAACGGCCUCGGGCACGUGGACGACGCCCGUACGUACGAACGACUCGACAACGACCCAACACCGGCCAUAACGAGCCGAAUCAAUCGAGCGAUCUCGAUCAUAAACGAGCACGGUCUGCUCGACCGCGACACGCUCCGGCACUUGAUCAAGACGCCGAGCCGCGUCAGAACACAACAGCUCUACUUUCUGAGCAAAGUACACAAGAACCCGGUGGCCUACCGACCGAUAGUAUCCGGAAGCUCGGGGCCCACGGAGGCCAUAUCCCAGUACAUCGACCAUCUACUCAAGCCGAUAGUACUCGAACAGAACAGUUACAUACGGGACUCGGGUGAUUUCAUCCGUACACUCGAGAGCACACGAAUCGAACCCGACGCCACACUGGUCACCAUCGACGUCACGUCGCUCUACACCAACAUACCCCAAGACGAGGGCAUUCGCGCAUGCGUCGACAUGCUAGGACGACACUACGGCCACGACCCGGCUCUCGCCCGCAUCGUAGAGGUCUUUCUACACCACAUACUCGCCGACAACGUGUUCGCCUUCGACGGUAAGAUCUACCGACAACGCUUCGGCGUCGCAAUGGGUACGCGAGUCGCGCCCACGCUCGCCAACCUAUUCAUGGCGCGACUCGAGGAUCGCUUCAUCGAAGGCGAACCGAUCAAACCGCGCCUCUGGAAGCGCUUCAUCGACGACAUAUUCGUCGUGUGGGAGGACACCGACGCCCACCUGGACGCCAUGUUGGCGAGACUCGACCGGACACACCCGACGAUCAAAUUCACACACGCCAAGAGCGACACGGAAGCGAUCUUUCUCAACGUACACGCCUACAAGGGCGACCGCUUCCGCGCCACGGGCGGCAUACUGGACACCAAGACACACUUCAAACAGACAAACCGCUUCCAGUACCUCGACUACGCUUCGUGCCACACCGCGGCCACGAAGCGAGCCGUCGUGACGGGCGAAGCGAAUCGCUUUCUCCGAUCGACGUCGGAUCCGAUCGAGUACGAUCGAAUCCUGACGGACCACAGACGCAGACUCGCCCGCAGAGGCUACCCGAGUAGACAGACGGAUAGCCUACUCGCACGACUACCGCACACACGACGCACCCCUCCCGCCGCCGCCGUCGUCGGCGCGACCCGGGAGGGAUGCGAGACACGACGGCUACGACAACGAGACGGACAGAGACGAGAACAGACUCGACCGAAACGAAAGCGCAAACGCAAUCGUGCCGGCGUCGUCGUCGUGGACGGCGACGGCGACGGUGCCGACGUCCACGAGGACGACGAGGACGAAAACAGAUCGAUACUCGUUACGACCCACUCACCGUGGUUUCCCGACACCGGCGAAAUCGUACGCACGGAGUGGCAGACGAUGCUCUCGCAGGACGCGGGACUCCGACACACACUCGGUCGAGAACCGACGAUCGCCUACAAGAGAGCAAAGAACAUUAGAGACCACAUCACCAGUGCCCGUCUGAAAGACGUUACCGUAGAGACCGAAAAGACGGACGUAUACGACGACUAA